UAUGGCAGUCGCGUAUCUCUUUAGCGACAGGUGGUCAUAUGAGGUGGUUCGGGGAUAAAUCUUUUUCAACUGACAGAUGAUAUUGGGGCUGCCAGGAAGGAAAUCCUCCUGACGUGUUACCACGUUUUUUCAGUUGGCCGUCUACGCCGGUGAAGGAUGGCAGUUUGCACACGCUAUUCCCGUCUGAUGCACGCCUUCGCGAGGAGCGCCGCGCAACCAAAAAGUCCCUUGUACCGCGUGGCCAGCCGGCGAACUUUAGCCUGUGCACAAGGAAGAACGGACGACGAUGAAUUUCGACGCAGCAGUGGGCGCGCAUGGGCUCUCCUUGGCGGCGGCAUAACACUGGGGCUUUUCUCAUACUGGAAGUCAUCUCCGGUCCACGCCAAGCAAGAAACGAAAGCAGAAGAAGCCGUGGACGGCUUGCCAGUCUACACCGCUGGUGAAGUCGCCAAGCACGACACAAAGGCGACAAGAAUAUGGAUUUCGUUCAAAUGUGGUGUGUACGACGUCACCGACUUCGUGGACGAGCACCCGGGUGGAGACAAGAUACUGCUCGGCGCCGGAGGCGGCAUCGACCCGUUUUGGAAUCUUUACGCGGUCCACAAGACUCCUGAGAUACUUGCCUUGUUGGAGACAUUUCGCAUUGGUAACCUGGCAGCAGAAGAUGUUGGUGCUGCGUCUGCCGGCAUUGAGGACCCGUACCUGCUGGACCCCAAGAGGCACCGUGACCUGAAGCCCGCCUCCACCAAACCCUUCAAUGCAGAGCCUCCCCUAGGCACCCUUGCCGACAACUAUAGGACACCAAAGUGCGCAACGGCUCUGUUCUUACUGCAUUCAUUAUAGGGACCACCUUGCCACCACACCAAGUAGUGUAGCGCAGCCUAACAUUCCUGUCACGCAGGCAUCUGUGAACUCCUUUCAACUCCCUUGCCUUUAUCUCAAGGGAUAUGAGCUCAGUGUCAUGCACUUGCCUUGGUGGAAGCCAAGGGAGUUUAAUGGUGCUUUUUAUAAAGUGAGUUAGGUGAUCUCGAUAACAGUCGCAAACUGUGGUGAGUUAGUACUGCUUCAUUUUUAAGAAGACGCCUAAAUUGAGGGACAAGUUGAAGAAGGGAGACGGGACUCAAGCAUCAUCUACAACUGAGCG